UCUCAUCGCACACACGCCUAUUCUGAAAUGCCAAUCUGCAUAGAAUGUCGCUUUCCUGUCGAAGCCUUAUAUACAGCCUACAGCAAGGCCGAUGACCGAUCUCUUGGAAAGGGCGUUCGACUGACGCAAUGUCCGCGCUGCAAGCGGUUUGCGGACAAAUAUGUCGAGCAUGAUUUCGUGGUCUUGUUUAUCGAUUUGGUGUUGAUCAAGCCACAGGUCUAUCGACAUCUCCUGUUCAACCGUCUCGGACGCGACGAUGAUAAGUUUGACCGCUCCAUAGUCCGCCUUGGAAUCCUUCUCCUCCUCUUCGAUGUCUACCUAACCUGGGCACGCAUCGAAAAGCUCUCUCUCCCGCCCUCCUCUCCGCACCACGUCCCUCCUCCCUCCUCUACCCCAACCAAUACAUCCCUCCCGCCGUCGUCGCACGAAACAAACACGAAUGCCGCGGUCCUGCAAGCCCAACCGCUAAUACUCCAGUACCUCUUCUUCCUCUUUCUAGUCGUUUCCAGCACCCUGGCAUUCCACAUGCCAAUUCGCCUCCUGUGUUCGCUGCCCCCCACCCGAAUCCCACGUAUCUGGCGGGGGUUCUGGAAGAGGAUAGUGCCGUACUACCCGCAUCCGACGCCCCUGUCUACCGCUCUCCUUGUUAGCUCCUGUACGAAGCUGUUUCCUAUCUUGCUCAUAAUAUGGGACUAUGAUCUGCCUUCUUCUGCGACGGCGGUUAGCUGGGCGGUGAUAGUGAAUAAUGUCGCGGCAUUGGAGAUAUUGAUGGAUUGUGGAUAUUUGCGGGCUGGGGUUUUGGUUGGUAUCGGUGCGGGGUUGAGGAGUGUUAUUGCGAAUUUUGUGCUCAGGGCUAUGGGGUUGGGCACAGGUUGGGGCGACGGGACGGCUGGGUGGGGAGAUGUGGAUAGUUUAGUGGGGAUGGUUAGGGGAGUGGAUGGGUGGGUUAGAAGAGGAAUUGAGAACGGAUGAUGCGGAUAUAUGGUGGCUGGUCGUGGGUUAAGC